UGUUUCUGAGUAAAAUAUUGUAAUAAAUAAUAAUAUAAGAGGAAACCAUCUUCCACGAAACUCACCCAAUUCCCGUUAAUGGCGGCUCUGCUGGUUCUCAUUUCUCAGUCAAACUUCUCAUUCCAUCACCAUCACCACCACUAUUCCUCAUCUUCAUCUUCAUCUCCACCUUAUCACAUUCCUCAUCAAUUUCACUUCUCCCUCUCUUUCCCCUAAUUUCAAUCUCACAAAAAUAUAUUCCAACUCUCUCAUCUAUCUAUCUUCAUGGCCAUAGAUUCCACUUUCCAAGCUGUCCUCGCCGCCAUGGGCAGUUUCUUGAUGAUAACCCUAAUAUUAGCCGCCAUAAUCAUAAUCUGUCAGUCCAGGAAGGCAAAACACUCACCCGAUCGGAAUCGCCAUCGCAGCAUCACCGCCAGUUCUCGGUUGACUUCGAUUGCCGCCGGCGUUGACGAGAGCGCUUCCUUCGAUCCUUCUCUCCAGGUCUCCAUGGCCGAGAUCGUCGUCGCAACUAAGAAUUUCUCGACUGAUUUGAUCGUCGGCGACGGCAGCUUCGGACUCGUUUACAAGGCUAAGCUCAACAACGGUCUUACCGUCGCGAUCAAGAAGCUUGAUCCGGAUGCUUUCCAAGGUUUUCGUGAGUUUCGAGCUGAGAUGGAGACUCUAGGACAGCUCCGUCACCGGAAUUUGGUGAAAAUUCUCGGUUACUGUAUUGCCGGCCCGGAUAGGAUUCUGAUCUACGAGUUCAUCGAGAGGGGUAAUUUGGACAUUUGGCUUCACGACUCGUCUUCUUCAACGGAACAGACUCUAUCGUUACCGUUAUCGUGGGCCACAAGGAAGAAAAUCGUUAAGGGAGUGGCUAAUGGGCUGGACUAUUUACAUGGGCUAGAAAAGCCCAUUAUCCAUAGAGACAUAAAAGCCAGCAAUGUUUUAUUGGACUCAGAAUUCGAGGCCCGUAUAGCUGAUUUUGGGCUUGCAAGAACGAUAGACUCGUCGCAUUCGCACGUGUCAACUCAAGUGGCCGGGACGAUGGGGUACAUGCCGCCGGAGUACAAGGCGGGGUUCACAUUGGCGACGGUGAAAGCUGACGUGUACAGUUUUGGGACAUUGAUGUUGGAAAGUGCAAUGGGUAAGAGGCCGAAUUUACCAAUGGCGUUUGAUGGUGUGGAAAUGGGCUUUGUGGAAUGGGCCAGGAAAAUGGUGGCCCAAAACAGAGAAAUGGAAAUGGUAGAUGUAAAUAUUUCGAGAGAAGGAUUGGUUGAGUGUGAUGUAAAGGAGUAUUUUAGGAUUGCUUGCUUGUGUACUCAUGAGUAUCCAAGAGAAAGGCCUGCAAUGAAAGAUGUGGUCCACUUGUUAAUGCAAAUUUGUUGAUUUUUCUUUC